CGGACUCACGGUUAAGGCUAUUCCUGCUCUUUCAGCAAGCCAGCAAGCCAUUAUGCGCGAGAUUGUUCAUCUACAGAUUGGACAGUGUGGGAAUCAGAUCGGCUCAAAGUUUUGGGAGGUGAUCAGUGACGAACAUGGUAUUAACAGAGUGGGAGCAUAUGAGGGCGAUAUGGACCUUCAGCUGGAGAGAGUCAAUGUUUACUUCAAUGAAGCUCAUGGUGGAAAAUAUGUUCCAAGAGCACUGUUAGUGGACCUGGAGCCGGGCACUAUGGACAGCGUGAGGGGCAGUCAAAUCGGACAACUCUUCAGACCUGAUAAUUUUAUACAUGGCAAUUCUGGAGCUGGCAAUAACUGGGCCAAAGGUCACUACACCGAGGGCGCAGAGCUUGUGGAACAGGUCGUGGAUCGUGUCCGGAAUGAAGCUGAGAGCUGCGACUGCAUGCAAGGCUUCCAGUUUGUCCACUCAUUAGGUGGCGGCACUGGCUCAGGAAUGGGUACCCUGAUUAUCAAUAAGAUCCGAGAAGAAUAUCCUGAUCGCAUCAUGAAUAGCUUCAGUGUAAUGCCCUCGCCGAAGGUUUCCGAUACAGUAGUAGAGCCAUAUAACGCAACCCUAUCCAUUCACCAACUGAUCGAGAACACAGAUGAGACGUAUUGUAUCGAUAACGAAGCAUUGUACGAUAUUUGCUUUCGCACUCUAAAGCUCACAACGCCAACCUACGGAGAUCUCAACCACCUCGUAUCUCUCACCAUGAGCGGGGUCACGACCUCCCUUCGCUUCCCAGGCCAACUUAACGCUGACCUUCGGAAGUUAGCUGUCAAUAUGGUGCCCUUCCCACGUCUUCAUUUCUUCAUGCCUGGUUUCGCUCCUCUGACAGCACGUGGUAGCCAACAAUACCGAGCCCUAACCGUGCCCGAACUCACCCAGCAGAUGUUUGACGCCCGUAACAUGAUGACCGCAUGUGAUCCCCGUCGAGGACGAUAUCUAACCGUUGCAGGCAUUUUCCGCGGUCGGAUGUCCACUAAAGAAGUCGACGAACAAAUGCUCGCCAUUCAGCAAAAAAACAGCAAUUAUUUCGUAGAUUGGAUUCCUCAUAACGUCAAAGUGGCCGUUUGCGACAUCCCUCCACGAGGGCUCAAAAUGGCCUCCACCUUUAUCGGAAACAACACCGCCAUCCAGGAGAUUUUCAAGCGCAUUGGAGAGCAGUUUGCCCUGAUGUUUCGACGCAAGGCUUUUCUGCAUUGGUACACAGGUGAAGGCAUGGAUGAGCUGGAGUUCAGUGAGGCAGAGAGCAACCUGAACGAUCUGGUGUCAGAAUACCAGCAGUAUCAGGACGCCACCGCCGAUAUGGAUUAUGAAGGAGACGAGGAGGUGAUGGAGGAAGAGUCUUCAAUAGCGCACAGCACUCGAGUGGAGAUUAAGACUGAAGUGGUCACUGAAACUUCGGUCAGCGAAUGAUGUGAGAGUGGGAUUCAGUGAACAUGGGACGAGUGGAUCAGAUUGUGUGGAGUGAGCUCCAAAAAAAGUAUUCAGAUGCUUAAAGUCACCAUGAAAUUAAAAUUGGCCCUUCAUAUUUUUAUGUUUAUAUCGUAGUGCUUGUUAUAAACAAUGCAAAAUUUAACUUGGCCUCAUAAUCUUUUAUCAAAUACCAUAAGUAUCUCUCGAAUUGACUUGUCUUAAUUUCUGGUCACACGGAAGGCCUUUCGGGAGGGGCUGUCAGUGGCUAUCAGCUAUUAGUCUCAUUUCAAGAAGGGUAUAAACGAAGGUCGGAGCCAACUCCAAGUGGGCUGUACAAAACUGGAGUUUUUAUUUAUUUAAUGUCUUGUACAUGACACAGAGUCCAAUAUAGAGUCCAAUAUUGUGCUUUAUGAAUGUCUACACCUACCCCAACUGUAAACCCAACCUCACUGUAACCUGUUGUGCUUUAUUAACAUCUGCACCUUACCCAAACUCUAAACCCAACCUCACAGUAACCUGUUGUGCUUUAUUAACAUCUGCACCUUACCCAAACUCUAAACCCAACCUCACAACCUGUUGUGCUUUAUUAAGGUCUACACCUACACCUACCCCAACCCUAAACCCAACCUCACAGAUACUUGUUGUUUCAUUAACAUCUACACCUACCCCAACCCUAAACCCAACCUCACAGAAACCUCGUGUUUCAUUAACAUCUACACCUAACCCAACCUCACAGUAACCUCGUGUUUCAUUAACAUCUACACCUACCCCAACCCUAAACCCAACCUCAAAGUAACCUCUUAUUUCAUUAACAUCUACACCUACCCCAACCCUAAACCCAACCUCACAGUAACCAUGUUUCAUUAACAUCUACACCUACCCCAACCCUAAACCCAACCUCACAGUAACCUCGUGUUUAAUUAACAUCUACACCUACCCCAACCCUAAACCCAACCUCACAGAAACCUCGUGUUUCAUUAACAUCUACACCUAACCCAACCUCACAGUAACCUCGUGUUUCAUUAACAUCUACACCUACCCCAACCCUAAACCCAACCUCACAGUAACCAUGUUUCAUUAACAUCUACACCUACCCCAACCCUGAACCCAACCUCACAGUAACCUCGUGUUUAAUUAACAUCUACACCUACCCCAACCCUAAACCCAACCUCACAGUAACCUCUUGUGUUUCAUUAACAUCUACACCUACCCAAACCCUAAACCCAACCUCAUAGUAACCUCUUGUGUUUCAUUAACAUCUACACCUAACCCAACCCUAAACCCAACCUCACAGUAACCUGGUGUAUAUUAUUAACGACUACACCUACCCCAACCCUAAACCCAACCUCACAGUAACCUCUUGUGUUUCAUUAACAUCUACACCUACCCAAACCCUAAACCCAACCUCACAGUAACCUCUUGUGUUUCAUUAACAUCUACACCUACCCAAACCCUAAACCCAACCUCACAGUAACCUCUUGUGUUUCAUUAACAUCUACACCUAACCCAACCCUAAACCCAACCUCACAGUAACCUGGUGUAUAUUAUUAACGACUACACCUACCCAAACCCUA